AUGUCGCUAACGAAUUAUUAUUCCAUGAUGGGUCUGCAGAGCGAGGAGCCGUACGGCGCGCAUUUCAUCCCGGGAGGCUUGCAGGGUUCGACGGCCGGCUGCGCAAAGCCAGCCCGGGGAGCGGCGGAGGAGGAGGAGGAGGGCAGCGGCGGCAGCGGCGGCGGCAGCGGCGCGCACCCCGGCGCGCACAUCCCGGAUUUCUCCCACUUCUCCAGCAAGCAGAGCGGCCUGAGCCUGAACGGCUUCUCUCCCUGGUCCAGCAGCUCGCCCGCGCCCGCGCCCGCGUCCACGUCCCCGCAGCAGCUGCAGCUGCAGGCGGCCCCGGGCGGCCUCUUCCACCCGCACCCCCUCCUGGGACACCCGCACCCGCACCCGCACCCCCACCACCACCACCACGCGUACUACGGCGCGCAGACGCAGACGCACGGCGAGCACCUCGCGGAGAGCCGCUUCGUGCGCUGCUGGGAGGGCGCGACCCCGGCCCCGGCCCCGGUCCCGGACACCCCCCUUCCGCAGGUCUCCGCCGCCUUCCCCGCGGCGGCCCCGGGCGACCUGUCCGACCCCGGCGCGCGCUACGAGGCCGUGAAGCCGGAGAGCUCCCCGCCGCCGCCGCCGCCGCCGCGCGCCGACAGCCCGGACGACUCCAGCUUCGCCAGCCCGGCGGAGGUGGUGCUGGAGCGGCUCGGCACCGCGGAGGAGCUCGGCAGGAAGCCGGAGCCCAAGACGGAGGACGAGGAGCGGAAAACGCAGCUCGACCCCGAAAACCCGUCGGCCAGCUGGAUUCACGCCAAGUCCACCCGGAAGAAGCGCUGUCCGUACACCAAGCACCAGACGCUGGAGCUGGAGAAGGAGUUCCUGUACAACAUGUACCUGACCCGGGACCGGCGCCUGGAGGUGGCGGGACUGCUCAACCUCACCGAGAGACAGGUCAAGAUCUGGUUCCAGAACAGGCGCAUGAAGAUGAAGAAGCUGAUGAUCCGGGAGCGGAGGAGCAUGAACGAAUGA